CCGGCCGGUUUCCUCCCUCCUCCACACAUCCCGAUUCCCAUAUCUCGCUCCCUGCCCUCCCGCCGCCGCGCCUCCACACACCACAGCCUCUUCUCCGCUACCUGCUCGUGCUGGUGCUGCGUUGCCUGCCCGCCUCCAUGGCGGCGUCCGAGGUGGUCUGGCUAUCUCCGGCGUCCCGCCUCCCCUCCCUCGCCAACGCACCACCUCGCUUUCGCGGCAAGCCUAAGCCAUCAUCCGCCUCCGUGCUCUCCCGCCCUGCAGCCCUGCCCGUGCUGCUCCGCAGGGUGACCGUCCGCCGCCGUCUUGGCGCCACCGAGCAGCAAGGCCAGGUUCAGGAGGACGAGGUGGUCGACAGCAACGUCCUCCCCUACUGCAGCAUCGACAAGAAGCAGAAGAAGACGCUGGGAGAGAUGGAGCAGGAGUUCCUACAGGCUCUCCAGUCCUUCUACUACGACCAGAAGGCCAUCAUGUCCAACGAGGAGUUCGACAACCUCAAGGAGGAGCUCAUGUGGGAAGGAAGCAGUGUCGUCAUGCUAAGUCCCGAUGAGCAAAGGCUUUUGGAGGCUUCCAUGGCCUAUGCGGCUGGCAAUCCCAUCAUGUCUGAUGCUGAAUUUGACGAGUUGAAACUCAGACUGAAGAAAGACGGGAGUGACAUUGUGACGGAAGGUCCCAGGUGCAGUCUAAGGAGUCGUAAGGUGUACAGUGACUUGUCUGUUGACUACUUAAAGAUGUUCCUGCUAAAUGUUCCAGCCACCGUAGUUGCUCUGGGACUGUUCUUCUUCAUUGAUGAGUUGACUGGCUUUGAGAUCAAUGUGUUCCAGCUGCCAGAGCCUUUUGGUUUCAUUUUCACAUGGUUUGCUGCUUUGCCACUAAUAUUGUUCUUAGCACAAUCGUUGACUAAAGCCAUAGUCCAGGACUUUCUAAUCCUCAAGGGGCCAUGCCCAAAUUGUGGCACUGAAAAUCUUUCCUUCUUCGGGACAAUACUGUCGGUCUCAAGUGGCGGUACAACAAACAACGUGAAAUGUGCAAAUUGCAGUUCCGAGUUGGUAUAUGACUCAAAAUCCCGGCUCAUCACACCUGCAGAAGCGUCAAAUUAAAGCAUAAUAAAGCCAAGGAAAGGAUCGGAGGAGCUCCAGCAUGCAUUUUGGAUUCUGUGGAACAAGCAGGCAGAUUAUAUAAUGUAAUGCAUGCGUGGUGUGGAUGAUGAUGAGCUAUAGACCUGUAGUGUGUGUGUGUGUGUAUGUAUGUAUGUAUGUAUGUAUCGAAGAGCUUAGAUCGGUAUAUAUAGCUGACGAUUGUACAGUGACUGUUAUCGUCUCAAGUCUUGACCACUA